GCAAGCCCAGGUACAGCAUCAGUGCAUUGUCUAUCGCUGAACUGUCACAGCCAAGUAGCGUGCAGAGCGCACCACUCAACCAGCCUGCAAGAAGUUUCACUCACAACACACGGCCUGCUGCUCCAUCCAAACCCCAGGAUGAGUUACUACAUGGAUCCAGUUUCCUCCUACCCGACCCUUCACCCCUGUGACCGUCUGGGGGCGAUGAGGCAGAGUGGAGGGGUGGCUAUGGGACCACUGACCCAGCUCCCUGGUAUGGUGGUUCACCCCCAGCAGCAGCAGCACUACCCCCCAUCCAGACCCCUCUAUCCCCAGGAUGUCACCCUGCAGGAGGUACCCAAUGGACACGACCUCGCACCCACAGGUAGGAGCCAAAAUCUGGAGUGUGGAGAUGUGCCCCUGCUCACUCCAGGGAGUAAAGAGAUGAUGUCGCAGGCUCUGAAGGACACGUUCAGCGGCUUCACAAAGGAACAGCAACGACUGGCUAUUCCCAAAGACCCCAGGCAGUGGACAGAGUGCCACGUGGGAGAGUGGCUGACGUGGACGGUGAACGAGUUCAGCCUGAAGAGUGUGGACUUCCACAAGUUUUGUAUGAACGGGGCCAGUCUGUGUGCUUUGGGGAAGGAACGCUUCCUGGAUCUAGCGCCUGACUUUGUGGGCGACAUUCUCUGGGAACAUCUAGAGAUGCUUCAGAAAGAAGACACAAAGCAUUUCCCUGUCAACGGCCUGACCUCUACCUUCCAGGAGUCCCACUAUACCUCAGACUACUUUGUCAGCUAUGGCGUUGAACAUGCCCAGUGCGUUCCUCCCUCUGAAUACUCCGAGCCGGGCUUCAUCACAGAGUCCUACCAGACCCUUCACCCAAUCAGCUCAGAGGACCUGCUGUCACUCAAGUACGAAAGUGAAUACCCCAACGUCAUCCUCCGGGACAUGCCCCUCAACCCACUUCAGGGGGACUACUUCUCCGUCAAACAGGAGGUGGUCUCCCCCGACAACAUGUGUGUGGGCCGCAUCAGCAGAGGUAAGCUGGGAGGCCAGGACUCGUUUGAGAGCAUUGAGAGCUUUGAAAGCUGUGACCGUCUGACCCAGUCCUGGAGCAGCCAGUCUUCCUUCAACAGUCUGCAGCGCGUCCCAUCCUACGACAACUUUGACUCCGAGGACUACCCCAACGCCCUACACGGACACAAGCCCAAGGGAACCUUCAAGGACUACGUCAGGGAGCGCUCAGACCUCAGCAAGGACAAACCUGUCAUCCCCGCCGCAGCACUCGCAGGAUACACAGGCAGUGGCCCCAUCCAGCUGUGGCAGUUUCUGCUGGAGCUUCUGACGGACAAAUCCUGUCAGUCCUUCAUCAGCUGGACGGGAGACGGCUGGGAGUUCAAGCUGUCCGACCCUGACGAGGUGGCUCGGAGGUGGGGGAAGAGGAAAAACAAGCCCAAGAUGAACUACGAAAAGCUGAGCCGAGGCCUGCGCUACUACUACGACAAGAACAUAAUCCACAAGACAUCAGGGAAGCGCUAUGUCUACCGCUUUGUCUGUGACUUGAAAAGCCUGCUGGGAUACACCCCCGAGGAGCUCCACGCAAUGCUGGACGUCAAGCCUGAUGCGGACGAGUGAAAACAGAGGGAUGAGAGAAGAGGAGAGUAAAGGAGCCGAGGGGACUGGGGCUCAGAGAUUGAUAUUUACCGUCCGGUAAAAGGGGGCGUCCAUUUUGGGACCAAACAUGUUCAUUCUUAACACCUAAACUGCGGUCUGUAUCAUUUUGAGCUGUUGUCAAACGAUGUUCAGAAAGAAAGCACUAUGCCAAAUGUGCAAAUUCAUAAUUUGUUGCAUUUGAGAUAGAUACAGGUAUUACUUAGUAACUCAAGGCACAUGGAAAGCCAUCAAUUAGAAUAGAGUGGCCGUUUAGCCUAAGUAGGACAAAGAACUGUCAUUGAGGAAGAGGGCCAAGAGACAGUGAAGGAUUCAUUUUAGGGAAGGACAUUGCAUGGAUGGAGAGUUCCUUCUAUGGAAUUUGUUGCCAAAUGAAAAAUGGAAAGUAGUGGAAGUAGGUCACUGUUUCUAUGCCACUGCACACAAUAGGCAUUGGGUAGAGUUCUCAGCUUGGACCAAAAAAGUAUUUUUUAUUUUUUACUGUUGUUUCAGAAGCAUAAUGUUUGUGCCAGUAUUAUCGUUGAGAUUGUACUGUUGAGUCUCAGUCCGACCAGGGUUCCCCUGUUGAGUUUUUUUUAUGCUGAUGAAGCUAUUCUGAAACCAAACAUUGCACCAUUUAAGGCUAAGUUAGUCCUGUCUCCUCUCUGCGAAAGCCCAAUAACUGAAACAUGCUGAUUUGGUUAUACAGACGACACUAGACACUGGCCUUUUUACUCAUUUUCAUAGGUUGGAUAGAGAGUAACUUACUCAUACCAAGAACGGUUGAUAGACAACUGAAAGUAACCGUUGCUUUAAAACUGACGCUUUCUCCUUUGCACAUUUGCCGCUUCGCUAUAGAAAUAUACUGUCCUGCCACCAGGACUUUGCAGAUUGCAUACAUUACUGUCCUGCCACCAGGACUUUGCAGAUUGCAUACAUUACUGUCCUGCCACCAGGACUUUGCAGAUUGCAUACAUUACUGUCCUGCCACCAGGACUUUGCAGAUUGCAUACAUUACUGUCCUGCCACCAGGACUUUGCAGAUUGCAUACAUUACUGUCCUGCCACCAGGACUUUGCAGAUUGCAUACAUUACUGUCCUGCCACCAGGACUUUGCAGAUUGCAUACAUUACUGUCCUGCCACCAGUAAUAAAAGUCCUUAGACACCCUUUCUGUGGUGAGUUUUGAAAGUAUUUGGACACAAAAGAGUCAAACGUGCUCAAUCUGUAUAUUAAGUGGUUUUCCAUGCCCCCAUUUUAGCAUUGUUUUAGACGAGAACAAAGAGGGAGGGACCUGUUGUUGACAGAUUGAAUUGCGAGCCAUGUACAUGAGGGAUUGUUUUUGUCGGAAAGCUUAGGAAUGUAGAGUGUACUGUAUUUUUGUGUGUAAUGUGGUCUCUGAAUGAAGGGAAGCUGCCAUAGAUAGGUAAGGUAUAUCGAGGUGCAUGAUGGUAGUAGGAUGAAAAGAUAAGGGUUCGAAGCAAGGAGUAUAAACUUUGGAUGACUGUUUGAAGAAGAGGACUGGGUGGUUUUGGGAGGGAACCGUCGAGUUGUGAAGUUAAAGAGAAUGAUCAUCAUUAUGGCAUGAGGAUGAGAUAAUGCUUGUGCUGUUGCACAGCUUGGAGGCUUUUGUUAACUGAAGUGUUUGUAUAGAUGCUCCCUUUCACCACUGUCAGAGGAGGUAGAGAUCUAUAGGAAACAGGACUACCAUAAACAGUUGAGCUAAAGGACUACUUGGAGAGAUGUGGCAUUGUAUGCUAUUUUCUUACCAUGCUUUGUACAUGCUUUUCUAUUGUUUCUAAGACAAAAGGACAUCCCAUUCAGUAUAUGAAAUGGAUAAAUGAAAUGAUAUGCCCUGAAAACUGUAUGUACUUGUGCGGCUUGCUGAAGAUCCACAGUAGUUUUGUUGGUUGCUCGUCAGUGGGAACAUGACUGUACGCAGGCAUUAUGGGAAAAGCCGAAGUCAAGAAAUAUCAUCUUAAAAUACAAAUGUUGUUGUUUACAGUGGCUGAAUGUUACCCAUAUUGAUGAAAAUAGGUUUUGAAAUGUCUAUUUGUACAGAUUGUAUUUCCUAACGCUUUAUUAAGACCCAGAUUAAACAAAUAAGCAAGAGACUAAGCAGGAAUAAUAACCAAACCCAUGUGAGGUCUGGGCGAUAGAUAGAGCUUUGGGUAUGUCCACCAUCUUGGAGGACAGGGACCGUUAUUCCCUCGCGUUCAAAGUGUUGUUUCUGCUUUGAUCUUUUGAUUUGUUGGAAAGCACUCAGCGUUAGGACUCAGCGAAGAGAUUUGGCUGGACUGACUGUAGUUCCCCCUUGAGAUUAUAGGAAAGCGAUUUCUUUCCAUAUUAGUUACUUUUUAGUUGGGCAACUAACCACAGAGUUGGUACUUCAAGUGUCGGUCAGCAUAAACACACACCCACACACACAAACAUGUAAUUGUGUAGAGAAGAUUGAAUUCUCUUGAACAAGUCAAUCCACCCAGUCUCUGUGGUUCCGUCGUUUAUGCACGCUACAUGACCAGGAUUCACAUCACUGUUUCAUUAUUACUGUUCAGAUGUUUUUACGUCAAAGAAUGUUUUUUUUUAAAUGUUAGGACAACUGUUCAGAUAUUUAAAUAUAUGCUUAACUUGUUGUUGACGAUGCCUUCCAGCUCCAAGCCAGUCACCAUUUUGAGUAGAUCAGAAUAUAAUAUCUUUCUCUGUUUAAAUGGAACAUAUAUAUGUGUCUGUUUGGACUUCAAAGUCGAGUUUGUUUCAGUAAAUGUCAUAUACGUUAAGUUGUAGACACAAGUAUUGCACAGAUAUUUCUAAAUGGACUAAAUACAUACAUACACAGAUACCUUACCAUAUUACCAUAUCUCAAACUGAUCCAUUAGGAAACCUGUUUUGUUAUGGAUGGUGUUGUUUUUUGUAUAUUUUAUAGUGUUUCUGUAUUUUUGUUAAUGAGAUACUUUUUAUGUAUUUAGUUCACAAACAUUUGAAUAUUUUUCAAUAAUUUAUAUUUUAUAAAAGAAAAAGACAGACAGCUGGUGCUUUCAUGGGAAAUAAAGGUAGCACAGGACAAAAUGUAGCGAUUUUCUUUCGAUAUAGAGAAUAGACCUUUCUGUUAAAGAAAAAGGCUGAUGCUGGCCCAUCAUUGAUUUCUGCUGGAAAGUUUUAUAAACUGAAGCUUCUAUUUCUUAAUGUACUUUAAAAAAAAAUUAUGCCAUAAAAAAAUAUAUGUGAACAAAUAUUUCA